AUGGCUUCGUUCAAGGAAUUGUCCCUCUCGCGUCCCCUCCCCAACCCUGCCCCGCGACCACACGCGCAUUCCAUAUCGCUGGGGGCUGUCAAUGCCAAUCACCGUGUGACGCGACGGAAGAGCGUCACGACCGCCGCCGCCAAUGCUGCCGCCGCCGCGGUCGCGGCCUCGUUGAUAGAGGGCGGAGAGCCUGCGUCGCUCCCCGUGGCCGCGCACCGACGGAGCCUUGGGGGCCGCAAGGGACUGGAAUCCACUUCGGUUGGAGGGGCCUCGGGAUUUAGUUCCUACCUGUCUCGAAGCAUAAACAGCCCCAGCCAGGAGCCCCCGGUCGCUCGCAAGGCCUCCCCCAGCAAUUCCGACGCGGACGGCAAGGCGAUUUCCAAGGACCGCAAUCGCCGAGCUAGCGAAGGUGCCCACAUGAAGACUGACGGGAAGCGUGCCCCGGCGGACCUUCGCUGCGACCGCUGCGGGAAAGGAUAUAAGCAUGGCAGCUGCUUGUCCAAGCAUAUGUGGGAGCAUGACCCAGCAUGGUCGAUUACCUCAAAACUACUCAUCUCCAAGCACCAGCAGGUGCAGCUACUGGAGGCCGCUUCUGUGUUGGUCAACAUGAACAUGGACGACGAAACCCCCGAGCACUCUCCCGAAGCGGAGUCGGAACUCUCCUCCGCCUCCCCGGACGCCUCCUCGGUGGCGCGUGGUGGAAUCAGUUCCGCUGAGACCACGCCGCCUCCGAUGGAUGAGCAAGACGAGGAGGAUGACGACUUUGAGAUGUCUGGCAUGCCGGCCAACUGGACCAAGCGCCCCAGCAUCAGCAACAUCUUCUCCCGCUCCUACCAGUCGAUCCCCUCCAGCUCGUACACCGGCAGUGCCCCGCUGCACUCCCCCUCUUUCUCCCACUUCCGCAAGUCGAGCAUCGAUACCCGUCCUUCCACCGCGGACACUCGCCUGCACGAAGAUGACGAGGCCGACUUGGCUGCGGCGAUUGGGCUGUGCAACUUCGGCACUCCCCGCACGGGGCCGGUGUCGAUGACUCCGGACGUGCCUCCGGUGCCUCCGUUGCCCGCUCGCUACCUCGACUCUGGCAGCCACCCUGGCACCCAGAGCCCCGGACUGGAAGCCUCCGGCCCUGGCCCCAUGAACGAGGCCUACCGCCGCAACUCCAACGCCGAUGCCUUCCUUUCGGCCUCGCUCAACCCGUCACUGUCGUACAAGGUGUCAGAUGAGCGCGGCGUACGCAACGGAAGCAGCGAGGCCACCGCCCAGGAGUCUCGUCACCGCCGCAACGCAGACGUGGACUUUGGUAGCCGCCGAGCCCCUGCGGAUGACGACGAUGAUGGGGUCUUCGGCCAUAUGGAGGAGUAA